CGAGAGAGGCGCGCGCGCGGUCACAACUCGGCGACGGCAGCGUUGGGGCAUGCAAAUUAUGCCAAUUAGCAUCGACGGUAGCACGAGCAGUAGCAGCAACGCCAGCGCCGACAACCGAGCAGAAAAUGCAGCAGAGAACAGGAGCGGCGACGUCAUCAUCGGCGGCAGAUAGCGGAAAGGGGGCGACGGACCACCCGCACCCAUCCAGGCGGUCCGACGACGACGGCGACGGAGGCGGCGGGAACAGCUGCUCCGGCGACCCAGCAGCGAUUAGCACAACGAUUAGCUCCAAGCAGCAGGUGGAGCAGGCGGAUGCGAGGGAGCCGAAGGAGGAGCAGGUGGCCAUCCACUACCUGGCCAGUUUCCAUGAGCUGUGUGUGGUGACCGCCCUGCUGCCGCUGGUGACGCUCUUCACGUGCUUCGUGACCGCCUACGUCUUCCAGUACGACGAUGUACACGAGACACAUUGCCGCGUCUACAAUAUAGUACCCUCGAUAAGUGCAAUUACCGGCGUGAGUCCGCAGCGCUACUUCUGGCGCAUCAGCAUUGCUCUGCACAUCGGACCGCGGAUCCCGAUCGCCUUCGUCUACAAGAACUACUACCGCUCGCAGCUGCGCCGGCUGAAUCCCGCCCAGGUGCCUCAGACCAGUCUGCUGAUCACGCUGAUCCUGGUGCUCAACUGCAUCGAGGUCGCUUCCCUGGCGGGCGUCACCUAUAUAUCGAAUCGCGAGAACUACCCUAUUCAUGAGCGCAUCUUCAUCACGUUUAUGGUGUGUUCACUGUGCUACAUGCUGGCCACCAUAAAGCUGAACGACAUCCUCAACAAGGGACAAUCGCUGAGCGAACAGCAGCGGCUGUCCAUCAAGUGGAAGAAGAUCCUCUUCGCCAUCUCCAUCCUGAGCACCGUCGGACUGCUGGUGUUCUUUGCCAAACAUCGCUUCUACUGUCACGACUUAGCCUUCAGUUGGUUCGCGUUCUUCGAGUAUUUGAUCGCCAUCGCCAACAUGCUGUUCCACUUCACCAUAAUCUGGGACUUCCCCUCGCAGUUCUUGAUGAUCGUGCAGGGACCACGCGAGAAUCUCGCCCAGUACUUGAGCAACAGGCCGAAAGUGGACUAGAUUCGGAUGGACUAGAUCCCACCUGCAUGCCACUUCUCCAGUGAAUAGUGUGUUUGUAAUUCCCAUACGAAACGUACAAUUAACAAAACUUCUUCAACUUUAAAACUAAGCGCUUCCAUUACCGAUCGAUCAACAACAAAAUUAGUAUUCCUCUAUUUUCUUCGAUUCACUUAAAACCACUGAACCCACAAAUCAGAGUCACAAAAAUCAAAGCGAAACCCCAGAAAUAAGGAAAUGAAAACCGAAACGAAACGAAAGCGAAAGCGAAAUGUUCCAUAGUUCCACGAUUAAUAUAAUUAUUAAAUAUACAAAACAAGUAUGUAAAGAAAUUUGCCGGAUUAGAGGGCAUACCGAUCUAAGUACACAUUCUAAAUACAAGAAAUAAGUUACCUAAGUAAGGAUUAAGUGCACCGAAAGCAAAAACAAAAAAAAAAUACAACAAACAAUAAGGUAAUAUUUACGCCUAGUGGAUCGCAGCUCGCCAGAUCUCAAGUCAAUUUCAAAUCGACAGCGUUUCAUUUGUUAGGCAGUAAAGUAAAUAGAAAUUCGAAUUACUUACCACUUAGUACAUAUCGUUUAUACAAGAUGGAAAAUAGCCUCCUUGGGGCGGCCCUAUUGGCCCUCCCCAAAAUAGAAAAAAAAAACACAUUGAAACAGAAAUCGGACAAUAGACAUUAAGCUGCGACAUUACGGGCAACGAACAACAACCACUCACAGAUUUCGAACAGUGAUGGGAGGUAUCUAUAAAGGUGAUUAGAAAAUAAAAAAAACGAUGUAUGUAUUCCCAGUAAAUUUUAAUUUGUUAAAAUAAGAACCCAAUGAGAAAAGGGUUUUAGAAAUGUGGAACCAACUAGCUUCCCGAAAGAAUUAUAAAAUUAAACUGAUAGGUUUAAAUUUGUUAAAUUUAAAUUCUCAAGAAAAUUCUAUUUAAAAAGAGAAAUUCGGUACCUUUCCCAUCGCUGUUCUUGAGGUCGAAGAUCUAGAUGAGGCAGUUUCUGAUGCCAACGACGUCAGACUAACAAAAAAUUAUAGCAAAAUAAACAAUUGUUCUUAGCCAACUUUAAUAGCAAAAUGAAUUUUGAAAUAUUAAGAAAUGCGUAGCCCAAACAAUUGGUCAAGCGAUCGGGUGAAAGACGAACAUUUUACAUUUAGCUUUCGUUGUAGGCAAGCACGGCCAAUAGCUAAUCGAAAUGUAAGCCAGAUAAUGGUCAAUAUACAGAUAUUUUGCUGAUACGGACAUCCGUAGCUAUGUAUUUUUUCUCACACCGAGUAUUUAGCUGAAAUCGAAGACAGUUCAAUUUGAUAUUACUUAUUUAACUUUGUACUAUACACACACCAGAGUCAAGCGGAAACUUUUAUUCCAUAGGUAAUAUUAUGACUACCAAUAUAAUUACUAUUAUGCAUUGUAACUGCGAGAGAUCGGCGUUUUAAAUAGCAUCCUGAAUGGUCAGGAGAAGAGCCUUUGUACUUGUAUUCCCUGCGAACAACGUAGCUAAACCAAUGAAACAAUUGUUAAUUCUCACACAAAAUGAUAUUAUAAUUAAUUAUAUAUAUAUAUUCAAAAUCACACCCACUCAUGCGAUAUGUUAUGCAAUAGUUGAGUUGCCAAUUGCACCUUGCGAUCGAGCAAAUAUAUAUUCGAAUUAUUGUUGAUGUUUACACGCCCUGAGUUAAGUUACCCAUCUCACUCCUAUCUCAACUUCUAUAUUAUCUCUGUCCCGCUCCGUUUCGAUUUUCCCAUUAUGUGCCUCUCUCCAUAUUGACCCAUAAGGAUGAACACUUCCAGUUGGAUCCACGGAGUAAGGAUAUAUGAUAUGUAUUCGCACUUUAUAUAUCGAUCACCCGCUAUUUUCUAUUUGUUUUGUAUGGCAGAAAGCAGCAGCUCUGGGAUAGUCACUUUUUAAAAUGCAACUUUUUACCCUUGCAUAACUUUUAAGGCGACACAACGUAAGAGAAUUAAUUAAAACAAAAACCAAUACAAAUUAACUAUGAAAUAUGUAAACUUUGUAGCUUCCUUAUUUGAAUAAAGAUUAAUACAACUCAUAA